CUUGAGACCAAGACAGAUUCCGGUUCCAUGCCCUCUCCGCUCCAUGUUCAAAUCGGCGCUCAAGAUGUCGAUUAAUCCACCCAAUCAGGUCGAUGUUCAAAACAAGAGUCCGUUGGAGCCACCACCACAUGGUCUUGUCAAUGGUCACUUGGACGAUUUCCCAUCCGGCUUACACGAGGAACCUACGACACUAUCUCCACCAGAAACUUUAACGCGACCCUUAUCAGCCCCUUCAGCACCCGUGCCACAUAUUGGCCUGCUAGAUCAGAAGCCCCGCCAGUCCACGGAAAACAAAGACGAUCUAGUUACUCCACCGAGUCAACUAUCGCCUCUAAACAGACCAACAAGUUCAGCAUCCACCUCAUCCCACCGCUCUCAGGAAGACGAAAAAGAAAGCGGCUUUGCCAAACGCUUCGUAGGUAACAUGCUCGUGACCCGCCUCGGCCGCGCCGGCGUACAAUCCGUGGCCUCCACGGUCAAACUGCCUAUAUACUUAUCCCCCUGGGGCGACAACAACCCCUUCACGCUUCCCAACCUGCGGAAACGCGACCUCGCCCUCGCAGGCGUCAUGCACUUCGGCGCCGAUGCUCUGAUCGGGAGCUCCCUCACGGCCGUCGAGAAGAUUGUGCAGCAUGGUGCUUCGUGGACGGUGGAGCAAGGUGUUGAUCAGGGAUUGGAGAAGGUAAAAGCGGCGACGCCGCAUAGGGUGGUGAGGACAGCCGGGAUUACGAAUGUCGAGAUUAGGAUCAAGCAUAAGUUGAUUGGAGAGCAAGCGGAGGUUAGGUUGUUUGAGGAGAGAGAGGCGGAGCGUAAGUUAAGUUGUGCCAAGGGGUGGUUUUGUCCUUACUUGUAUGCGAGUGGCCGGGCAUUGAUGUUGUCGAGGAUGAAGGAGUUUACUUUUGCGGAAUUCUUGGGGCCGGGUCUAAUGGCGGACGCGGCCUUGGCACCUACUCUGCUGUCUUGUAUCACUCAGGAGGAUGCACCAGUGUGUCACCUGGAUGGCCCCAACUAUCAAAGUGAGGAUGGCAAUUAUCAACGAGCAGCGCUAUUUUUCCUCGGCAUCUCUCCCUACAGGACUGCAUCAGCAUGGUCGCAGGCCAGAAUCCCAAGCGAGGCAAGACUUCGGUUUCAUCUCCUCACCUAUAUACCAGCAAUUGUGCUGCCCGUGAAACCGACAGCUCCGGUUUGUGCAUGGAGCCCUUGGACAAUGGGACAGAUUAUUUCUGGGCGGGAUGCUUAUGAUGCAGGCACGCAUGCAAAUGACAUUGUGCGAUACCUGGAGACCAUUGUAGAAACGAGUCUGGUCAACGGGCGUCUUGUAGAUGAAUGGCAGAUGGAGCUCGCAGAUUCGGUGAGACGAAUACUGGAAGGCAUCAAGAACAUGCCCUCGACUCUGGGGUCUGUUUCUGACGCUUUCGAUGCUGACCGUGCAGGUGUUGUGUUGUUCAGAUAUUGA